AUGUCCAAAGCAACUUUGGCCGUCAUCGCUGCUGCCAGUGCAGCCACCGGUGCCGGUGUCACCGCGCUGCUCUUCUCCGGCAAAUCCACAAAGCCACAACAAGAGACCCUCACCCCGACGCCGACAAUCCCAGGUCCUAAGGUGCCCUCAACUAUCCCAGUCCCAGCCCUAGCAGCCAAGCUAUCCAGUCCUGUCGACGCAGCAGGAAUCCUCCAAUAUGGUUUCCCGGGCCCAAUCGCCGACGAGCUCUCCUCCCUCCCAUUGCACGGCGCCUACGACCGACGCACCCGCAACCCAUCCUGGGUCGCAGAACACAUAACCCCCCAAUCGCUGGCGAUUAACAACGCCGACCGAAAGAAGAGCACCUUCUUCGAGGACACUACCAUCCCGUCCAUGUUCCGCGCCAAGCUGUCCGACUAUUUCCGCUCGGGCUAUGACCGCGGACACCAGGUGCCUGCGGCCGACGCGAAGUGGUCACAGGAUGCGAUGGACGGCACGUUCGCGCUGAGCAAUAUGUGUCCACAGGUCGGCGAGGGCUUCAACCGCGACUACUGGGCGCACUUUGAGACUUUCUGUCGUGAUCUCACUAAGCGUUAUCCUUCCGUUCGUGUUGUUACUGGCCCGCUGUACCUGCCUCACCGUGACCCGGAUGGAAAAUGGCGCGUUAAUUACGAGGUUAUUGGUAACCCACCUAACGUCGCUGUGCCCACGCACUUCUAUAAGGUUAUUUAUGCCGAGGAUGGAACCAACUCGCCCACGAGCAAGGUUGCGCUCGGUGCUUUUGUUCUGCCCAAUGCUCGCAUUGCGAAUGAUAAGCCUCUAACUGACUUUGAGGUUCCUCUCGAGGCUGUGGAGCGUGCCUCUGGUCUGGAGUUCGGUUCUAAGUUGGACCUCGGUCGUCGUCGUCGUUUGUGUCAGGAGGUGGCUUGCAAAGUCACUGUGCGCGAGUUCAACAAUGCCAAGAAGCGUUCUUGA